CCCACCACACGAUUUGUUGGUAGUUGUUUAAUGAGUCCUAUCCACAAGAACAAUAUGCAUGGUUCUUACUCGCUAGCUAGCUUUUUUGCAAUACCUUACUAUCCAUAAAAAUGACGGAGAAAGAUACAGUGCGUUUUGGCAUCCUAGGCUGCGCCACCAUCGCCAGAAAAUUAGCCAGAGCCAUUACUCUCACUCCCAACGCCACCAUCUCCGCCAUAGGAAGCCGCUCCAUAUCAAAGGCAGCAAAAUUUGCAGUCGAAAACAGUUUACCAGCCAGCGUAAGAAUCUAUGGUAGCUAUGAUGAGGUUGUGGAAGAUUCAGGUGUGGAUGCAGUGUACAUUCCUCUCCCAACGAGUCUGCACGUGAGGUGGGCGGUUGCUGCUGCGAAUAAGAAGAAGCAUGUGUUGGUGGAGAAGCCGGCAGCACUUGAUGUGGCAGAGCUUGAUUUGAUCUUAGAAGCUUGUGAGGCCAAUGGCGUGCAGUUUAUGGAUGGUUGUAUGUGGUUGCAUCACCCUAGGACUUCGAACAUGAAACACUUGCUUGAUCUUUCUAAUUCCGAUGGUAUUGGACCCGUUCAAUUUAUCCAUAGCACAUCAACAAUGCCAACAACUCAAGAAUUCUUGGAGAAUAACAUUAGAGUAAAACCAGAGUUGGAUGCUCUUGGUGCACUUGGUGACUUAGCAUGGUACUGCAUUGGUGCAUCCUUAUGGGCAAAGGGCUACAAGCUACCAACCACCGUCACCGCCCUUCCCGAUGUCACCCGAAACAUGGCCGGAGUCAUAUUGUCGAUCACAACUUCUUUGCAAUGGGACCAACCAAAUCAAACAGUUGCAAAUAUUCACUGCUCAUUUCAUUCUCACACGUCCAUGGACUUAUCUAUAAGUGGUUCCAAUGGGUCUAUGCAUCUUAAGGACUUCAUAAUCCCAUACAAGGAGACUAGUGCUUCAUUUGACUUCACAUUUGGUGCAAAGUUUGUUGAUCUUCACAUUGGAUGGAAUGUGAGACCAGAGGAAGUUCAUGUUGUCAACAAGCUCCCUCAAGAAGCUUUGAUGGUACAAGAGUUUGCUAUGCUUGUUGCAAGUAUUAGAGAUAGUGGCUCUCAGCCUUCUAUAAAAUGGCCAGAAAUUAGUAGAAAGACUCAAUUGGUAGUUGAUGCUGUGAAAAAGUCUUUAGAGCUUGGCUGCAAACCUGUUUCCUUAUAGCUAGGUAGUUUACAACAUCAUGCACAAUAUAUAGAUAUGUAUCCGGAUAAAAUUUGAUAAAAUAACUAAGUUUGUGUUUGGAUCUGUAGUUAGUUUGACAAAA